GAAAGAUAGCACGACUUGCAGAGAUUUAGAUGCAAAUAGUCUAGAUGCAUAUAUAGUGUCCUUUUGCGUUGUGUUCGAGGGCCGUCUCGGGUGCCCUCUGAGUAGCACCAAGGUUCCGCGUCGGGCCAAGAAGGGGGUACUUACGAAGAGCGGGCUCUGGCAAAAAGGCACCGGCAAAAGCCGGGCAUGGUAACAAUGACUUGUCGAUGCAGGAAGCAGCUUUUCAGGCUGCCUUUUGGCAGAGCAGUGUGUGACGUCGCAGUCGAUCUAUACAGAUGCUGUGACCAGCUAUGCAGCAGCUUUGCAUGUGCCCCUGCAUCCAAAAACUUGCCUGAAGUUGCUUGCCGCGGACCUUGCCAUCCUACAAGGGACCUUGCAAGGUGUUGCGAAGUACCUGCCGUGCAGCCAGAAAGCGUGCAGUUGUUGCGGGCAUCUGCUGCGGGAGAGGUGCUGGGAGUGAAGCGUUUGACCGUUAUGAAUGCCAACACAUCUGGCGCUGCGCCUGCAGCAACUACAGCGCUGCACUUCGCAUCUCUUCAUGGCCAUGUUGAGGUCGUGAGGAAUUUGAUAGAUCGCCGGGCCAACGUGAAUGCCCUGGAUGACCAUGGCUGGGCUCCUCUUCAUUUAGCAGCCGCAGCAGGCCGCGUUGGAGUGAUGAACCUGCUAAUCGAAGCCGGCGCAGUCCCUGAUCAACGAUCACCUGAUGGUACUCCCCAUGAUGUCGCUCUGAGAACAUUGCUGCCCGAACAGGAAAUGCAAGUCGUGGCAGCUCUAGCUGAGCAUGUUCGGGCCUUGCGCAAUGAAAUGAACUUCACGAAGAUCGAAUGACAGAA